UUGUCAAAGUAUUGUUUAUUUAACAAAAUGUAACAUGGGUUUGGUUGAACACAAUAGGUUUAGAAACAUUCACGGCUGCCCCCCGCUAACUUUAGAUCAGUCUCUCACAAGAGAAUGCGAGGCAUAUGCAAAAGUGAUAGCCGAAAAGGAAUUGUUGGAAGGAUCAAGUGGUGAAGGAAUAGAAUAUGGUGAGAAUUUGUGCUGGCGGUCAAAAAAUACCUCAUUAUGUGUUCGAGACUGGUACGCCGAAUGCGAAAAAUUCGACUAUGAUGAUCCAAGGUUCAGCAAGUAUACUCGACACUUUACCGCCCUGAUUUGGAAGGGUGCAAAAGAAAUGGGAGUCGGGCAUGCCAAAGAUCGACAUGGGCGUUACUGGCUGGUAGUUAGAUAUAUUCCACCAGUCAAUAUUGAAGGACAAUUCGAAGAAAAUGUCCCGCGGCGAAUCAAGAGGAUGGUGAGGGCGAAGGUGGCAGUUCUCAGCUCGAACAAGGAAGAAAAGACGACUCUAAUAGGAUUCAUAUCCAUACGAUUCUUUUAUAUACCGCCGUAUGCCUACAUUUUACAAAUUAAGAUCGAUAUAGUUUUGCAAUUGAAAAGUUUUAGAUCACAAAUUCAAAACAAUAUUUAAUCGCACCUAUUGGCAUUGUUAUUACUGCAUGGUCAGUAGUACCGCUACCGUCCGCAAGAAGUCAAAAGAGUUUAUUUUUAAUUU